AUGGCAUUCCUUAACAACCUCCGCUCGGUUCCGAUGCCUCCGGUAAAAAACAUGCUGAACGUGGCGUUGCAAACGGCCCGCCAAACGAUUCCCUCCAAGCAGAAACAGAAUGGCUACGAGGAGGCGGCCGGAGACAGCUUCGGAGGCGGUCCUGCUGGUGCCGGUGGUCCUGGAGGUGCCUCCGGUGGGUUACGGUCUCCACCGCAGGUACCGCAAAGGCCACAAAAUGUACACUUUGCCGAAACGGAUACUGCGGGUGACACUGGUGGAACGGCAGAGAUGAAUCCACUCAAUCCAUUCACGAAUCCUAAGGCCUACUACCAAGAGGACGGUAUGGAUCAAUCCGGUGCAAAUCAGUACCAGGAGACGGGCUUCAAUCAGGGUGAUUUCGAAAAUGGCUACCAAGCGGGCGGCUACCCUCCUAGACAAGGCAGUGUGCAAUCGUUUGGAUCUGAUAGCACCUUUGCGGGCGGUUGCGAGGGAGAAACUCCCGGCGGAUCCAAGAUCAACGAGUAUCAGGCGGCCUGGAACGUUACCAAUGCGAUUCAGGGUAUGUUCAUCGUGUCGCUUCCGUUCGCGGUACUUCGAGGCGGUUACUGGGCGAUCAUUGCGAUGGUCGGAAUAGCGCACAUCUGCUGCUACACCGGCAAGAUACUGGUCCAGUGUCUGUACGAACCGGAUCCGCAGACGGGUGAACCGGUACGGGUCCGCGACAGCUACGUGUCCAUCGCGAAGGUGUGCUUCGGCAAGAAGAUUGGCGCACGGGUCGUCAGCAUAGCGCAGAUCAUCGAGCUGCUCAUGACCUGCAUCCUGUACGUGGUGGUCUGCGGCGACCUGAUGGCCGGUUCGUUCCCGGACGGGGCGCUCGAUACACGCUCCUGGAUGAUGCUGUGCGGUAUCUUCCUGCUGCCGCUGGCCUUCCUGAAGUCGCUGCACCACGUCUCGCUGCUGUCGUUCUGGUGCACCAUGGCCCAUCUGCUGAUCAACGCGAUCAUCGUCGGCUACUGCCUGCUGGAGAUCGGCGACUGGGGCUGGAGUAAGGUCAAGUGGCGAAUGGACUUUGAAAACUUUCCAAUCUCACUUGGUGUUAUUGUCUUCUCCUACACGUCGCAAAUCUUCCUGCCCACGCUCGAGGGCAACAUGGAGGAUCGGUCCAAGUUCAACUGGAUGCUCGACUGGUCGCACAUUGCGGCGGCCGCGUUCAAGGCGCUGUUCGGGUACAUCUGCUUCCUGACGUUCCAGAACGAUACGCAGCAGGUCAUCACGAACAAUCUGCACUCGCCCGGGUUUAAGGGUUUGGUUAACUUCUGCCUGGUGAUCAAGGCUGUCCUCAGCUAUCCGCUCCCAUUCUUUGCCGCCUGCGAGCUGCUCGAGCGGGCCUUCUUCCGUGGCCGACCGAAGACAAUCUUCCCGGUCGUCUGGGAGCUCGACGGUGAGCUGAAGGUUUGGGGUCUCGCCUGGCGCUUGACCGUCAUCCUCGGGACGAUCAUGAUGGCCAUCUUCAUACCGCACUUUUCCAUCCUGAUGGGCUUCAUCGGGAGCUUCACGGGCACGAUGUUGAGCUUCAUCUGGCCAUGCUACUUCCAUCUCAAGCUCAAGGGCCAUCUGUUGGACCAGAAGCAGCGGGCGUACAACUACUUCAUUAUCUUUCUCGGUGUGCUGUUCUGCGUGGUCGGUAUCUAUGACUCGGGCACUGCUUUGAUCCAUGCGUUCGAGAUCGGGCUGCCGUUCUAAGUGCCGCCAGUUUGCAGGGCCUUGCGAACCCGUCGGACACCUGUACAGCGCACUGCAGCCCCACAUCUCAACCCUCGUUCAUAUAUACAUUCAUCUCACAUUUCCACCCCCGCGUCGUUUCCCAAAAACUUCUAAACGCACGUUGUUAAACUGUUGAUCUCGAAUACAUUCCCGAUUUGAUGCGAUUGUUCAUUUUGUGGCUAGCUCAUAAAAGUUACACGCUAUGAACAUAAGGAAAGUGGGCCGAGAAACGAUUGCAAAACGUUACGAAAGUUAUGUCCUACUGCAGAAAUUUGAAAUACGCCGACUUGGAGAAGGUAAGCCAUGUGAACUUGUACCGAUUCUCCCGCAACAGUCAAUGAAUGUGAUGUACCAUGUUCGUUCCGGCGAUACAUUAACACAUUUCAUUGCGACAUCGUAUCUUCGACAUAUCGGAAAUUCGUAUUUGGGUUUUUUUUAAGUACGUGCAAAAUAAGAGCACACUCUGAAAAUGUUAUACAGACGACAGAAAAUCCGGUGCAACCAGCAAGAAACAAGCGUUAUGAAGAGAAAAGCAACUUACGAAACAAGCACGAACCAGAAAUUGUUAAUCAAUGUCUUCCUGUAAAGUAAUCGAGAGGCGAUAGAGUGAAACAUGUGAACAAACUUCCGCAAAUAAGCAACAAAGUAAUUGUUAGAGGUCUUUAAAUUUAGCAAGCAAAUAUACAUAUUCUCCAAAAGACCCACCGGUGGGACACGUGUGCGCCCGGUGGGGGCGUUAAAUGGCAUGCAGAAGCAAAUGCAAAACAAGUAUCAGUCUUCCAUAAAUAUAUACAUAUAUACAUAUACAGAGAGGUAAAGAAAAUCAAGCAACAUUAAAUACAAAUAGAACAUGUAAGAAUGCAACAUAUUUAAGCUAGCGAGCGAAACUAUACUGUGUCAGUUAGUCAGACAGUAGAAGACGAGCAUAGGCAACACGACGGAGGACAAUAUCGAUAGUAGCUAAAACAAUUCCGUUACACAAGAUCAAUUCAUUUUGCAAUCAUGGGAUAUUCCAGUGCGAUUUACUUGUAGAACACGAAUCUGUGCUCGAGGAAAAACGUCAACCAUCCUAAGGCGAAGAUCGUUCAAAUUGAAUCAAUUACCUACAAGUGACAAUAAGCAAUGGCGGACUGUGCCGGAAAUGGCUAGAAGACGUAUUUACUUCUGCCAUUUUACACCUAUCCGACCACGUGCGAUACACAAAUUCAUGCUUGAAAAUUAACUCCCUAUUGUUUGAAAAUUUUGGUGGGGAAAAUGAAAAGCGUGCGCACACAUAUUCUGUUCGGCUAGUAAUAUCAGGCAUUUUACGGUGCGACCAGGCGCAUAAUAUACUCCUACUAUACAAGAAAAGAAAGCUAUACCAACGUCUUCCAACCCAUACAUAGUAUAAGAAAUUUAUUUUUAGUGCAUCAUCCAAAAGUCUUCCAAGAACAACGCUGACGAGCAAUUCGGGCCACACGGUUUCGUUUACGGUUUUAGGCAAGAUAUUUCUUGUAGCAAUCCUUCACCCUUUACAUGCCAACCCUGGCAUAGUGCACGAUUAAUCGUUGUGGCAUUGCCCGUUUGAGGAGUGUGAUUUUAUUGCUAGUGCCAUUGCGGCAAAGAGUAACGGAUUUCGGUUGUUUUAUGGCUUUGUUCAAAAUAUUGAAUGUUCCACUAUACAAUAAUCUCUAUUGUACUUAUUGCAAUUAAUGUAUUUAAGAGCAACAUUAUAGGUGUCCGAAUAAAUAACAGUUAUUUAACUUUAAAUUCA